GUGAGUGAAUUUUUUUUUUGCAUCCCUGUGUGUGUUACACUUGUUUCUAGGCAAAUCCAUAACACUGCGACUACGACGACAACGAAGACAACAAUAAAAAGAACAAAUUUGCCUUGUGUGUGUUUAUAUCUAUCGAUGUUGAUGAAUUAAAAAGAAAAUAUAAAAAAAAAAGAAUAAUCGAAUCAAUCUUAAGAAUUUCUUUGAAUCGUUUUUUCCUACGAAUUUCGAAAUAAAGAAAAUUUUCAAACAAAUAUCUGAUUCAAAAUUGAAUUACAUCCAAUCGAAUCGAUAGAAUCGUCUGGAUUUAUCUUCAAAUCUUUUUUCUGUUUUGUUUGUUUGUUAAUUUCAUUGAAUUUGUGCAUAUUGUGUAUGUUUUGGAUGUCCUCAUCUUAAAAUUCAUUCGUCUUAAGAUUCACCAAAUAACAUAAGCGUGUAACGAACCAAAAAAGAAAAAAUGGUUAAAGGUGAUAUUGAAACAGCGAUGAUUAACAACAGUUCCAGUACCGUAAUACCUGGUCAACAACAACAAUCGAAUGGAUGUCAAUCUUAUCGGACCGGACAACAACAGACUAAUGCAACUGUGAACGGAACAAAUACAAAUACUGCGACUGCCAAUACUACUAAUAAUGGAACGGUAACCACCGAUUUUCCAGAUGUUUCCACGGAGUGUCCGUUAUGUAUGGAAAAUUUGGAUAUCGAUGAUCUCGAUUUUUUUCCUUGUUCCUGUGGAUAUCAAGUUUGUCGAUUCUGUUGGCAUCGUUUGAAAAAUGAUGAUAAUGGUCUUUGUCCGGCUUGUCGACAACCGUAUCCUGAUUCACCUAUUCAUUUCUCUGCGAUCAGUAUUGAACGUGUAGAAGAGUUAAAAAAGAUGAAAAAGAAACAAAAGGAUAAACAAAAACUGAAAGACGGCAACAAACAAAAUCUUUCAACGAUUCGGGUUGUACAGAAAAAUUUGUUGUUUGUGAUUGGAAUACCGCCACGUUUUACUCAGGAAGAACUGCGGAAAGAAUUUUCGAAAUAUGGAAAAAUCGUUAAAAUGGUUAUCAAUUCAUCAUCGGCUUAUGUAACAUAUACAAGGCCUGAAGAUGCUGUUGCUGCCAUUAAAACAUUAAAUGAUUCAUCUCAACAACAACAAACUGGUAUUUCAAUUACGAGUGGGACAAAACCAUCGAGAAAUCAAUUAACUGCCAAUGGUGGGAUAUCGACUUUUGGUGGAAGUAUUUUAACAUCGGUGAAAGCAUCUUUAGGAACUACUAAAUAUUGUACACAUUGGUUACGUAGUCAAUCGUGUCCGAAACAACCGGAUUGCAUGUAUUUACAUGAAAUGGCUGAACAGGAAGCAUCAUUUACGAAAGAAGAAAUGCAAGCAGGAAAACAUACGGAAUAUGAAAAACGUUUGAUACAACAUUAUCUUGAUAUUAUUGCUUCAGAACGGGAAAAAGAAAGACAAUUGUUACAACAGCAACAACUAACGAUUCAGACCAAUGGUUCAAAAUCGACUCAACAACAAAGGCCAUAUUCUACAACUACUACGGGAAGCAGAAUUUCGAAUUCACCACCAAUAGAACAGCAUUUCCGAAAAUCAUCAAAUGAACUUGGACAAAAUUCAAAUGGCGAGAUAUCUAUCGAUAAUGAUAAUAGUGACCAAAUGAUUGAUGGCGAUCCACAACGUUGGUUAUCAUCAUCAUCAUCAGCAACAACAUCGGUGGAUAUGGUUGAAAAAACCCAGGCCAUAAAAAUAAUGCAGCAUAAUUCGUCAUCAUCCACGAAUACAACAACAACAAAUGGACAUAAUUCCGAUUCUUCAAGUGGAAAUUCGAGUCUUUCAUCCACACCCAAUCAUCAUCAUCAUCAUACACAUCAUCAUCAUUCUCAUCAUCAUCAUGUUGUUGAAUCUUCAAUGUUUUCCAAUUUUUCAUCAUCUUCAUCGUCAGGAACUUCAUCAUUAUCAUGUGAUGAAAGCAGCAGUAGUAGUAGUAGUAAUUCAUCGACACCGGAUAAUAUUCAACAACAGGCCAAACAACAGCAACAUUGUGGUGAACAAGAAUUAUUACAUCAGAUAACCAAUGAAGAUGAUAAUGAUAUUGUAUUGGAUAACGAUGAUGAUCUUGAUUUUGAUCCAAUAUCAUUGACAUUGGAAGCAAUGUUAGGAUCUACUUCAUCUAAUAAUAAUAAUAAUAAUAUAUCGUAUGUGAAUGGGAACCAAACUAAUGGCUUAACAAAUGGUACAAGUAUUGGUGGCAGCGACAUGAUGAUUAUUCAACCGAAUAAUAAUCAUGUUCAUAAUAAUCUUGUCCAACAUCAAUCGUCAAAUAUGAUGAACAACAAUGGUAAUGGUAGAGAGAAUCAAUCCACUAUACAACCAACAAAUCUUUCACAACAUUUUGGUUGUGAUUCAUUUUUGGAACAGCAACAAACAAAUCAAUUAUUGAAUCGUUUAGCAUUGUUGAAUCUUGGUAAUAAUGUUGAAUGUCAAAACAAUGGAAAACAGCAACAACCACCAAUACCAUUCAAUUCAAAUUCAAAUGGUGAUUCUUCGUUGUUUAAUUCUUUAUAUUCUCAACAACAAUCGAUUAAUAAUACUGGAUUUGGUCAUCGUUCAUCACCUUCACAGUUACAACAACAACAACAAUUCUUUAAUAAUCAAUCAGCAUUGCAUCAAAAUCUUAGUCUUUUAUCAAUGUUACAACAACAAAAACAACAACAGCAGCAACAAAAUUUGGAUCAUUUUUUACAACAACAAUCAUCUAACAAUAAUUUAGGUGGUGGUAGUAAUCAAUUUGGAUUCAAUCAAAAUGGACUUGUUGGCAAUGGUGGCGGAUCAUCGCCAACAAAUAAAUUACAACAAUGGCAACAGCAACAAAAUUCGUUGCGGCAAUUGUUACCAAAUGUCAACAUCAAAUUUCAACAACAGCAACAGAAUGAGUUAAAUUCAUUCGGUCAUCAGCAGCAGCAACAACAACAACAGAUGCAAAAUGGUAGUGGUCAUCAUCAAUUUAUGAAUGGAAAUGCUGCUUUCCAGCAACAAUCACCAAGACAAAUGGUACAAUUUUGGUCAAAUAAUGCCGGUCAAUCAUCGAAUUGUUCAUCACCAUCUCCGAAUAAUCAUCAACAACAAUUACAACAGCAAAUGUUGCAACAAAAAAUGCAUUUUCUUCAACUACAACAGCAACGAAAUCAACAACAACAACAACAAAAUAGUUUAAAUCAAUAUUUAUUCAAUCAGAUGUUAUCGACAAAUAAUAAUGCGAAUCCAGCAUCAUCUAAUAAUGGUGGUGGUAAUCCAUCGAUUAGACAACAACAACCACCACCAGGAUUUAAUGAUUCAAGAUUUUAAAUCAACAAUAUUUUUUUUUGAAGAAUCGAUCGAUCUAUAUUAAUUUAACCGAUGAACUGAAUGCAAUGAAUGAAUUACCAAUUUAUCCAUCAACAACAACAA